CUUCGUUCUUUUGUGUGUACUUACUUAUAUUGAUUCCAGUUGACUGCUUUUGAUUUUGAAGAUAUUCGGAUUUCAAAGCUUGAGAGAAGUACAUCAACUCAAUUCACCGUUAGCGUAUUUAUACCUAAUCAAGGUUAAGCUUGGUGGACUGCCAAGGAACAAAGACAACGGCCGAUAUCAAUUUGAGUUCUUAAAUAGAUAUCCGGGCAAAGAAAAUCAAAGUCUGCCCUUUCAAGAAAAUCGAUUACAAAAUCCGCCGGUCAACAAUCACAAGCGCAUCUACUUGAGAGGUAAGACGGGAGUCAGAGACAUGAUGAUCUCGCCCAAUAAACCAUGACAAUGGCGGGUAACAAUUCUGAAGCCAGCUUCAUGAACAAUGGCCACACUACUACCAACGGCGGUAAUAACGGCAGUCGACUCACUUUGAAUAAUGAACUGUCGGGGCCGGGUCUGCUUAGAAUUGGGAGGUUCAAAUUCAGAGCAAAAAUGGAUGAUCUACCACAAGAUUGGUGGGUUGCAUCAACUGCAUUCCCUCUCAUCGCUGCCACAAUUGGGCCCUUGGCAAAUGUUUUGUCAAUUUCCGCUCUGGUUACAAAAUGGAGGGCUGACCUACCCGAUGAUGGACAAUUGCCAUUUGGUGCUGAUGAAAAUGGCGUUGGCAUACCUGAUCCAGAAUGGGAAAUCGUCCUAAAUGCUAUUUCUCUUGGAUGUGGGUUUGCUGGCAAUCUUUUCUUGCUCCUGAAUUUUAUGCGCAGGGUCAGGUAUAUCGUCGCAUUACCUCUAUCGAUAAUCUUCUGGUACUUGUCUACUGGCAUCCUUAUUGGUAUCUUAUUAGCUAUGCACGAGUACGUCCCGCCAAUUCGUCCUGGUCAAACUUGGUCUCAGGGAUUCUGGUCCGCAGUUAUGGCAGCUUCGUUAUAUCUCUUAGGGUCAAUGGUUCUCAUGGUCAAUAUGCUCGGCUAUUUCCUCGGUCAUUACCCACAACAUUUUGAACUCGAUGACGAUCAAAGAACUUUGAUCUUACAAACCAUGAUGUUCUUUAUAUGGUUGGCUGGUGGAGCUGGAGUUUAUCAAACGGUCUGUGGCUUUCAAUACGCCGAUGCUCUCUAUUUCUGUGAUGUCACAAUCUUGACGGUCGGUUUCGGAGAUUUCGUGCCUAAUAACAGUCUUGGUCGAGGGCUUCUUUUUCCAUAUGCUGUCAUUGGUAUCAUCUUCCUUGGUCUUAUGAUCAAUAGUUUGCGCAAAUUCGCUUCUAGUAUGUCACAGGACAAGAUUGUCAAGCAUCAUGCAAUGCGUCAACAACAAGAAACCUUUGGUCGUUCAGUCACGAAUGAGAAAGAGAUUCGCGACCGUCUCGGCUUACCUCCCAAACCUGACAUACAUCGCCGUGGUGCAGUGGGAGAUUCUUCCGGAGCUUCCGGCUCAGGUUUAAUGCGUCGUCCUUCGCUUGACCAGUAUGGUCAUUUUGAUAUUCAAGGCCAGAACAUCACUUUCCAUCAAAGGAGAGCCUAUUCAUCUGGUGGUCGAGGGGGAGCUGGGCUGACACAUAAUUCACUCAUUCCUCUUAGUCGCGACGCUAAGCUUCAUAAACAUGCCGAAAACAAAUCUCCCCGAGUAAAGUAUGCUAAGCGUCGAGAGAAAUUAAUUCUACUCAGAGAAGAAAAGGAUCGUUUUGAUGCUAUGCGCCAGAUUCAAACAAAUGUACGAAAAUUCAAGCAAUACUACGCACUAUCAAUGUCUAUUUUCGCCUUCUCAAUUCUUUGGUGCGGAGGUGCCACUGUUUUCUGGAGAGCCGAAAAGCGUGAACAAGACUUAACAUACUUUCAGGCUUUGUAUUUUUGCUACGUUUCUCUUUUAACUAUUGGUUAUGGCGAUUUUGCACCGAGAUCCAAUGCUGGGAAACCAUUCUUUGUCGUUUGGUCUUUGAUUGCAAUACCUACCAUGACGAUUCUCAUUUCGGAUAUGAGUUCUACAGUUAUAGCAGCCAUCAAUCGUGGUACAUUCACAUUAGCCGAUUGGACGAUUAUGCCUAAAGCGGGUGUUUGGCAUGAUUUUCUCAUGAAUCACCCAAGAAUACAUGCAUGGUUGUCGAAAAAGACAGAUGAAAGAGAAGCUAAAAAGCGUAUUCGUCAUGGUUUCGAAUUGCAAAAUCCUGACGAUAGACAAAUACCUAUAAUUGACGAUAUCGGUCCAGAUCCAGAAUCCUCUCUGGGUCAGGUUGUUGAGGAAAUUGAGGAACCUUCUGAACAUACCGAACAUGAUCUAGCCCGAAAAUUAGCAACAGCUAUCAAACGCGUCGCGAACGAUCUACGAGCUGAGAAACCAAAGGCAUAUAGUUAUGAGGAAUGGGUGGAGUUCACUCGCUUAAUCAGAUUCAGCACGCACAAUGCGAAGGAAGUUGAGGAGGAAGAGGAAGAUGAGGGAUUGGUCGAAUGGGAUUGGAUUGGUGAGGAUAGUCCGAUGUUAGCGGAUGUUAGCGAGAGUGAAUGGGUAUUAGAUCGGCUGUGUGAGAGCUUGAAUAGGUACACGAGACGACAGGGAAAAAUUACGAGAGCGCAACAGGCUGAGAUGGAUAGGAUAGAGGAGAGUGAGAGGAAACAUCUUCACAGGAAGGCGAAGCACAGUUUGCAUUAUCCUGCACAUCCGGGACCGAGAACCCCAAGUCCGGAAUUGAAAAGGGGGUCGGGGCAGAGUGGGGGCGGAGAUAGCUCGAGUUGGAAAGGCGGCUCGGUUGAUAGUAAGGUUGAAGAUGUGAAUGAUGAUGCAGAUGAAGGAGUAAAACGGCAUGUUGUCUUUAUUGAUGAUGCUGGUGAUAAAGAAACAAAAAGUCACAUAUCACCGUUUAGUAGCGGAGAGGGAAAUGGGAGUAGGGGCGGAAGUCAAUCUCUCGUGAAUCCAAGCCCAGCUAUUCUUAGAAGUAGCAACGGAGAUGGAGAUGAAGAUAACGAUAAAGAUAUGACUGAAGUGCUAGGGGGACCCGGUAGAAGUCAAAUCUUGAAAUGACAGCAUUAAGCGAAUGAGUAACGAGUGCAGAGCGCAACGUAACGUAAAGUAGACAUUUCUGGUGCGUAGCUAUUGGUGUUUGGAGUGGGUUUUUCCUAGGCGCUAUAAGUGUAUCCUCAGUAUUAAUGGGCCGGUGUCUGUAUGUCUUGGCGUUAGAAUUAGGAUGAGCUUAUCAGAUAGCUUAUAGUGUAUUGACACAUUUUACACAUUACAAUACAGGAAAGUCAUCGGUGGUAUAUCUUUAUAUCUUUCAGUUCAGGGUAGGCCGUGAUGAAUUUUGCGGUGAUGUAUGGGAGCUGAGGUUGUGAUGAUGAGAAGUGCUGAAAUGUUUCGUAGGUGAAUGAUGGAGUUAUUGGCUAUUUAUCUAGCAGUUAAGUGGAAGUGAAAUUUC